UACCACGAGAAGACGUGUAUUCGGUUUGUGCCUCGGUCUGGCGGUGAACCUGAUUAUUUAUUCAUCGGGAAAGUGGACGGUUGCUUUUCCGAAGUCGGUCGAACAUCCGGUGUGCAGGUACUGUCGCUGGACAACGGCUGUAUGGAAUACGCCACGAUCAUCCACGAGAUGAUGCAUGUCGUCGGAUUUUAUCACGAGCAUGAGCGGUGGGAUCGCGAUAACUUUAUCGACAUCAUCUGGCAGAAUAUCGACAGAGGUGCACUGGACCAGUUUGGAAAGGUAGAUUUGAGUAAAACAUCUUACUAUGGACAACCAUACGACUACAAAUCUAUACUACACUACGGACAGUCUGGCAUUCAGUAA